AUGGGGAUAGAGGAUUUGAGGCGACAAAUACGAAGAUUAACAAUAGAUAUAAAUUACUUCAAGUGUUUCUUGAGAGAAGAACACACGCCAGUGACACUUUGCUUACCUGCAUCUAUACGUUCAAGUAUUCGACAGAGUGAUAUACAGAAAAUAGAAAGAAUGAUUAUGAAAUCGGCAAUUAAAAUAAAAGACUAUAAUUUAGAUCCUUACUUAUUUAAUAAAUGUAUUAAGUUAAAAAGUAAAUUUGAAUAUCCUACUUAUUUGGAAAAACAAGAAUGGUUAGAGAAAUUGAUAAUUAAUUGUACCAACGUAGUGAUACCUGGUGACUUUAGGAGAUUCCUGUCGUGGGGAUAUAAUAUGAAUCUUCCAAUAUAUGCUAAACCAUAUCCGAUAGUGGCUGAUAUAGAAAAUGUUAUUCAAAAAUUACCUGGAAAUAAUGAGGAAAAGGCGAUGUUACGGUCCAAUAUAAGUAAGGAUUUGGAAAAGUAUAAAGGUAAAAAUGGUUUCAUAACUGAUAAAAAAGCAAUAGAAAUAAAUAAAAAAGCUAAAAGGUUAAUAAAAUUUUUUGAUAAUAAUAAACUUUCUAUCCUUAAAGCAGACAAAUCGCAUCAACUGGUUAUAUUAACGAGAGAAGAAGUAAAGCAAAAGAAAAAAGAAAUCGCUAUGUCUAAUGAAUACGAAAAAUUAACAUCAGAUCCAUUAAAGGAAAUACAGAAUAAUUUAGUGAAACUAAUUAAGAAACAUAAACAGCAUUUUUCAAGUCAACAGAUAAUUAGCAGACCAGCAUACAGUAUCAAGGAUACAGAUGAACUAAUCAAUGGAUUAUUGAAAGAUUAUUUUCGCCAAAAAGAUGGAAUAUCAAUGGGAUCAGUGAUUGGACCUAAAUUAGCAGAGAUUUGUAUGAAAUCAAUUGAUGAUAGUAUAUCAAAAGUUCCAGGUAUAGAAUUUUAUGCUCGUUAUGUGGAUGACAUAUUAAUUAUUUUUGAUUCCUGUAUGGUAACACCUCAUGAAAUAGAAGAUUAUGCGAAUACCUUACAACCCAAUAUAAAGUUUACUAGUGAAUUGGAACAGAAUCAGGAAAUAAACUAUUUGGAUGUGACUAUUAAGCGUGAGAAAACGCAAUUGGUGUUCCGUAAGUAUGAAAAAUUGUGUAAUACAGAAAAAACAAUUAGUUAUAAAUCUUAUUGCCCUAUAGAAACUAAGAGAAACGUUUUUACCAUGGAAUUGAGGAAAAUACUAAACAGAACAACACUCUAUGAAGAUAUAAAUAAAGAAAUUAAACAAUUAUUUAGAAAAUAUUUAUUGAAUGAUUACCCGAAGAAUAAAAUUUUGGCCAAGCAGGAAAAUAAAAUGUCGAAUGUUAUUAAUAUUAUAAAUACUAAAGGUCGAAAAACAGUAAGAAAUCAGCUUGACGUCGCAGGAGUGGUCUACAAGGUAUCAUGUGAUUGUUUACAAGCGAAAUCAUAUGUUGGAGAAACGGGACGGAAGCUCGAGAUACGCCUAAAAGAACACGAGGCAGCGAUUCGUCUAAAAAGACAAGAGUCACCAUGGUAUCAACAUUGUGUUAAUUAUAAUUGUAAAAUUAAUAGAGGCUCUGUAAGAAUAUUGUAUAAAAUGGAAAAUUUGUUUAAAAGACGCGUGGUAGAACAUCUUUGUAUAAUAGAACAUGCAAAUUUGUUGAAUCAGAAUGUCGGUCUUAACGUUGAUGCAUGCUGGGAAAAAUUUAUUUGUAUAAAAUGAAACAAGUGUCUGG